UAGUAAGUGCGCAACAAAAAACUAGCGUGCGAAUGUCACGUGAGUAUCCAUUACAAGUCUGAUUUACUGGAAUACUGUCCAAGAAAAGUUCAAAAUAUCGCGCACUGUUAUAUAAUUCAUUGUUUAAUGUGAAAAUAUUUUCUUUCUAAGCAUUGAUAAAGUACUAGGAAACAAAUCAUCUCUCAAAAUUUUUAUUAAUGAAGUAAGGCAAUUUAUUACGUUCCUCAUCUAUAACCAACGAGCAUACAAGCAUUCUAUAACGAACGUAACUAUCUUGUUAGAAUUACCAGCACUGACUCAGAUACGGUGUGGAUAUUAUUACACCGGGGAUAAACAUACAGAACAAGCCUAGUGUGCAUCAAGUGCAUUUAGUGAAAUAAGAGAAAUUUUGAAGUUUAAGAUUUAUGUUGGUGUAACUGACUACCCACUCCAUGAUUCCGCAUCACAUAAUGGUGAAUUUGCAGACCUGUUGUGGUUGCUUGUGGCUGUCGUAAAAUAUUUUACGAAAUCUUUUUGAAAAUUACAUUAUUUUGCUGUUUUAAGACUCACACGAUUAUUUAAACAAAAAAAAAUAUGGGGAAUAUUGUGGGCAAUGCAUGGGAUUUGCAUUAUCAUCCGGAUGUGACCCCACAUCCUUUAAAGGAGCCGUCAUUUGACCCUUUGUAUGGAUUUCCAAACGGUCGCAAGCCGAGAGUUAUGAUCGCUACCCAAGAAGAAAUGGAGUCCGCGAAGUUGCCCCUAGACCAAAGAGGUUACUGCGCGCACAAGUUGAUCGAGUACCAGGCGUGUCGGGCGGAUGUUGCACCUUGGUUGUACAAGUGUGCCCAUAAGAAACACGAGCUUCUAAACUGCGAGUAUGAUGACUACAUACUGCGGAUGAAGGAGUACGAGCGAGAGAAGCGACUGCUUGUGCGCAAGAAGAGACGCGAAGCGAAGGAAACGGAAGAGAUGGCAGAGUGAAGAGCGAGCCCAGCAGCUCACUGUAGAUGCUUAGCGUGUACAUACACAGUUCUCACACGGAAUAUUACUGUUGCGGCACAGAACCGUUCAGUGUACAUUUGACUGUAAAACAUCAACUUCUGUGGUUUUCUGGGUGCUCUUGGGUAUUUGACAACAAAGAAUCCUGAUGAAAAGGGAGUGUGAAAACGAUUAUUUAAAUGUCGAAUGCUAGUUGCAAUUUCUUAAAAAAAAAUAAAGGUUGUUGAUUUUA